GUUGUCAGUUAUAACCUAUUGUUGAAGUUUAUAUUUGUACGGGGGGUACACUAUUGUACGAUAUCAGGUGCAUAUUGGUGAAUGGUGAUGUCGGGGAUUGAAAAAAAAAACCAUGCUUUAAGUUUACUAUGCUCCUUUCGGCAGGGAUGAGAACUCGCAAGAUCCCCGUGUGGCUUCUCCCCCUCCCCCCCCCUCCCCCACACCCCCCGCCAUAACCCGCCCGGUUGGCAUUUUAUUUUCACCAUGGUCAAGCGCCAUUUAAUUUUGUCUACUACACUAUUUUUUUUUUUUUUUUUUUUUUUUUUACGCGAUAAUAAGAACACUGUUUAUCUUCCCGGAUGUAGGUUGGCCGUCCCCCACAAUGCAACAUUCAUGAUGUCAGCCUCCAUAAAGGCGUGAAAGCAUGUUAAUAACAUUAUAAAGUCUUUUAAAAUGAAUGAUUUGAGAAAAGUUGAACUAGCUAUUCUUUCAGGAACUAGCCAUCCAUUUUUCACUGAUGUUCCCAGUACUGUGCCAUUAGCCAGUAGUUUCCUAGAGGGGAACUUUGAGGAUGUUUUGCGUCAUCCAAUUGGUCAGAAGAUCUUAACAGCAGAGAAAGGCCCUGAAAAUCUGCUUUCUGAUAUCAAAGCAAAUGUUGACCAUUUUCUGUCAGAAAAAGAUCGUGAUGUGCAAAGUUUACAGCUGGAUGUAUUGAUAGUGGGAGCAUCAUGUCUUCAGUUGUUUGUUCAAAACAACUGGGUUGGGCCAUUCUCCGACAACCCACCACAAACAUUCCUUGGCAAACAGUUCAAAGAGGAUGAACAGAUCCUUGAAAGUUGGGUAACCAAAGAGCUUGAAGUUGAUGGUUCUUCACUUUACACACUUGCAAGAUUCGUUCCAUAUCUUUACAUAGCUCGGUGCAUCUUCCACGAAUGUCAGGACCGUUUGAAGCAAUUACAGACAGCUGACUGGUGGUUGUUGAGAUGUGCAGUCGUACACCAGGAGAUCCUUGAUGAAAAAUCUCACACUCUGAAGGAGACGUCACUCCAUCUGAUAACUGAUAUUUCCAACAGAGAGCCACUGCUGACAGAUGACAGUUGUAGAGAUGUUAGUAUGAUGUUUCAUCUCGAGGCUGGCCAUGUCUGUCAUACGUACUUUGAAAUCAAGUUGGCACGAGAACAUUUUGACACUGCAAAGAAGAUCUCAGGACUCGAAGUUAAACUUACAGGUGCAAUGGGCAAAAGAACUCGGUUUCAGCAAGAUGAAAAAGCCCAGCUUAUACUGCAGGUGACAAGAGAGGAGACGAGAGCUGUUGGCGAGUCAUCAUUACAGGUUGUCUGCCACAGUCUCACACUGCCAAAGAUUGUGGCUCUGGAUGAUGAUACAGUGCUAGAUGUGGUUCAGUUUUCUGGAGACAACCAGGAUCUAGAGUUGUCUGUGUCGCUGUCACCUGUUGAACAGGCCGUCGUUCUCGGUGUCAUGGAAAGUUAUCGACGCAGUGUGGCAGCUGAAAGAUUGACAGAGGAAGAAAUAAUGGCCUAUAUUUGUACAAUAUUACCCCAUGUGACAAAUUGGUGUACCUCAAUUAUGGCCCUUGUCUUGAGGUCAAAAUUUCAGAAGACUAGAUGCAGAACAGUGGAACGUUCCAUGAGUCAGAUUGAGGAGCUGGUGAACCAGAUGUACCGACCAUCUCCAUCUCCUUCUCAAAGACUCUCGCUGUUUUACGCGACUAACGUGCCAACCAUAUGGAAUCUGCAGCGGGAGCUGGCCAGUUUGUUGUUGUCACUUGGAGCUAUAGGAUCUGCUCUCGAUAUAUUUGAGAGACUGGAAAUGUGGGAACAGGUCAUAGAAUGCUAUCAGACACUGCAAAAACUAGAGAAGGCCAAAGCUGUGAUAGAAGAGCAGCUGAAAGUGAAAGAGACGCCCAUCCUGUAUUGUUUCCUUGGAGAUGUCACUAAAGAUAUGAAGUGCUACCAGAAAGCCUGGGAGCUAUCAAAUCACCACAGUGCCCGAGCUAUGAGAUGCAUGGCUUACAUUCACUUCACAAACAAACAGUAUGAUGAUGCCUUAGAGUGUUUUCAGAAAUCUUUGAGCAUCAACCCUCUUCAGAUACCAGUGUGGUUUACAUAUGGGUGUACAGCAAUGGCAGCCGAAAAGUUUGAGAUUGCAGUAAAAGCCUUCAAAAGAUGUGUUAACAUUGACUUUGAUAAUUAUGAAGCUUGGGCCAAUCUUGCGACAUCAUAUGUGAAACUAAAAGACUUACCAAAAGCUUUUGCAGUCUUGAAAGAAUCCAUUAAGUGCAACUAUGACAACUGGAGGUUAUGGGAAAAUUGCCUUAUUAUUGGUGCAGACUGUGGGGAGUUUAAUGAAGUGAUCAGAGCUUAUCACAGAUUGAUGGACAUUAAGGACAAGUGGACAGACUUAGAGGUUCUGAAUAUCCUGGUUCGGGCUGUCACUGAGAACAUCCCUGAUACAAAUGGGACACCAGCUGGUAAACUGAGACCUGCACUGAUGGAACUGUUUGGACGAAUCACUUCUAAGAUCACAAGUGAAGCAAGAAUAUGGCAGAUGUAUGCAGAACUAAAUUCAUCGGGUUCCACAAGAGAUAAAAUAACCUCAGAAAAGACCUUGCAGUACCUACAGAAAGCUCAUCGUUGUGAUAUGCAGAAAUCGGACUGGGAGAAAAACAUUGAUAAAUGUAAAGAGGUUGCUGCUCUGUCUGCACAGUUAGCUAAAGCCUACCAGCAGUGUGCCGAGUUGACAGAUGAUCACACUCAAUGUCUGCAGAUGAUGUCUUCAGCAAAGCUCAUGUUGAAAGGAAUCACCACAAAAAUCAAACAACAACACCUGGAUCCUACAAAUGAAACUGUACCAGAGGAUCUCGAAAGGUUGUGUGGAGAACUUGAAUCACAACUGCAAGUGGUUGUGUCAAAAAUAGAACACAUUAAAGGGUCCUAAUAUUUUUAAAAAUAUAUUUGGAAGUAAACUUUCAUAUUUAAGAGACA